GUGCCCUCAGGGACUCGGCGUCGGUCUAUAUCCAGUGUGCGGGCAGUUGGUGUCGUCUCUGUGGUGAAAGUCCAUCAUGUCCGUUAUGAAAGCGAUUUGCGUGUUGAAGGGAGCCGGCGAGGUGACUGGCACCGUCUCUUUCGAGCAAAAUGGAGAUGGACCUGUGACUGUGAAAGGAAGCAUCACUGGAUUGACUCCUGGAAAGCAUGGGUUCCACGUUCAUGCUUAUGGAGAUAAUACAAAUGGCUGUAUUAGUGCAGGACCUCACUACAAUCCUUUUGGAAAAGUUCAUGGUGGACCUGAUGACCAAGAAAGACAUGUUGGUGAUCUAGGCAAUGUGGAGGCAAAUGGGAAUGGUGUGGCAGUAUUUGAAAUGAAGGAUGGUCAACUCUCUCUUUUCGGGGAGAGGUCCAUUAUUGGGCGUACACUUGUGGUUCAUGAGAAGGAAGAUGAUUUGGGAAAAGGUGGCGAUGAGGAGAGUACCCGAACAGGAAAUGCCGGAAGUCGUUUAUCCUGUGGUGUGAUUGGAAUUGCUAAGAUUGAAACAAACUAGUCUACGGAAGUGGUGGGGGGCAAGAAUUGAAAGUGAUUUUUCUGUAGGUCAGCAUACCUAGCUGUUGAUGACUAUUGGUCCAAAAUAGUCGAAUGUACAACAACUUUGUUCAGUGUACUUGAUAUCUACAGAAAAGAAACUGGCAACUUUGAUCCAGCUGACUAUUUGGCCUGCAGAGUUGUGCUUUAAUUUCCUUGAGACUUGUUUAAUCCUAAAUGCAGAUGUCUAGUUGAUUCUUGGUUUGUUGGCCCUGUAUACUUCCAACUAUUGGAAUUUGUUUAUCUAGAAGAACAUGAGCUAACUCAAUAGUUGAAAGUACUGAAUAAUGUAAUGUCAAACAAAUAUAAUAAAGACAACAUUCUUUUCUUUCAUUA